UCAACUGGCAGCACAGCGUGAAGCAUCAAGGUCCGUACAACGUGCAGCGUCACCUCAGCACACAGAAAGUUCCAUACAACGUGCUCAAUGACGUCGGCGCGCUGUCAUCUGCCCCGGAAGUGGACCGCUGUUUGUAGGUGAACCUGUAACAGCUAUGACCUGCACAAUAGAAAAGAUCCUACAAGAUGCCAAGACUCUGCUGGAGAGAUUAAAAGAUCACGAUAAUGCUGCAGAAUCCCUUAUUGACCAGUCCAGCUCACUUCACAAACGUAUGGAAGGAAUGAAAGAUGUUGGGACAGCCCUACCAGACAAGUUCCAGGAAGAUCUCUCAGAGUUAAAGGAUGCCUCAAAAUACAAACCUCAUGUGUUAUUGUGUCAGGAGAACACACAGAUCCGAGAUCUUCAACAGGAGAAUAAAGAGCUGUGGCUGUCUUUGGAAGAACAUCAAUAUGCACUGGAACUCAUCAUGAGCAAGUACAGAAGACAGAUGCUGCAGUUAAUAGCCAACAAGAAACCAGACCCUAAAGAGCCAGUGUUGGAAGCCCAUGAGAUCUAUUCAUCUGAAAUUGAGGGCCAGAUUGAUAAAAUCUGUGAGAUGGGGGAAGUGAUGAGAAAAGCAGUUCAGCUUGAUGAAGAUCAGACAUAUAAUGUCCAAGAGAGGCUUGCCCAGCUAGAGCUGGAAAACAAGGAGCUUCGAAACAUACUUUUAGCGAGCAAGGAGUCUCUACAGUCUGGCAAAAAGGAGUCUGAAUGGAAACUACGAGAAAGCCCAGUGAUGGGUCUUGGAACUACCAAUGUUUAA